GAAUUGUUGCUGUGCCAUCACAAGGAAGGACCCAUCUACUGCCUCCCAUCGUCCUGCCUGAAUCAUUGGCUCGAAGCAUCGGCAGCGAAUUAGCAACAUGACGUCGGACGUUGUGAACGAAAAGCCCGAGGAGAAGGUGGAGAAGAUCGAGGAGGAUGAGGAUUCCGACGAUGAUCUCCCAGAGCUCGAGGAGAACGCUGAGGGAGCUGCCGCGGCCGGCGUAGACUUGGAAGGCCUUUUCCCCGGCAAGAACCAGAGCCGCAGCGAAAAGAAGGCGCGGAAGGCUAUGGCCAAGCUUGGAUUGAAGCCGAUUCCUGGCAUUACCCGCGUAACCAUUCGCCGCCCCAAGAACAUUCUAUUCGUUGUUGCUCAACCCGACGUCUACAAGUCAGCGACCAGCGACACCUACAUUGUCUUUGGAGAGGCGAAGAUUGAAGACUUGAACUCUCAGGCUCAGGCUGCCGCUGCCGACCAGUUCAAGGCACCGGAGCUCAACCAAACAGAAGAGGACGAAGAGGAAGUCCCUGAACUUGCUGAGGAGGAGGAGAACGUGGAUGAGACUGGUGUCGAAGCCAAGGACAUUGAGCUUGUUAUGCAACAAGCCAACGUCAGCCGGUCCAAGGCAGUGAAGGCAUUGAAGACACACAACAACGACAUUGUGAACGCCAUCAUGGAGUUGACCAUGUAAACCGCCCCUCAACUUUGACCACACAGCAUCCUAGCCAUAUAGUUCCUCCCGAUCUGGCAUCCGUUUGUAUUGAAAUAUAUGUAUAUUGACAUAUGCACUUAGCUCAGUGAUACACUUGCGGAGACAGUUACUUGUUUCU